AUGGAGAAUGAUUUUAAGACUGAUUCGUCAUCCUCUACCUUUGCUCUUCAAAGUUCUUCGGAGACAAUGUUUUCUAUACAGCUAUUAGAUUUCAAAACAAGUUUACUGGAAGCAUUAGAGGAGUUACGUAUGAGAAGGGAAGCAGAAACUCAGUAUGAAGAGCAGAUUGGUAAAAUUAUUGUGGAGACAGAAGAACUUAAAUGGCAAAAGGAAACACUUCAGAAUCAAAAGGAAACAUUAGCAAAGCAACACAGAGAAGCAAUGGCAGCUUUUAAAAAGCAGUUGCAAAUGAAGAUGUGUGCCUUGGAAGAAGAAAAGGGAAAAUAUCAACUUGCUACAGAAAUAAAAGAAAAAGAAAUAGAAGGAUUGAAGGAAACAUUAAAAGCAUUACAGGUUUCUAAAUAUUCUUUACAGAAGAAAGUAAGUGAAAUGGAACAAAAAGUCCAGUUACAUCUUCUGGCUAAAGAAGAUCAUCAGAAGCAACUGAAUGAAAUUGAGAAAUAUUAUGGCACGAUAACAGGUCAAUUUGGAUUGGUAAAAGAGAAUCAUGAAAAGUUAGAACAAAAUGUACAGGAAGCAAUACAGCUAAACAAAAGACUUUCAGCUUUAAAUAAAAAACAAGAAUCUGAAAUAUGCAGUUUAAAGAAGGAACUAAAACAAGUUACGUCAGACUUGAUAAAGUCCAAGGUCACAUGUCAACAUAAGAUGGGAGAAGAAAACAUCCAUUUAACAAUUAAAGAACAAAAAUUUCAAGAACUUCAAGAAAGACUCACCAUGGAGUUGGAAUUAAAUAAGAAGAUUAAUGAAGAGAUCACACAUAUUCAAGAAGAAAAAAAGGAUAUCAUCAUUUCUUUCCAGCAUAUGCAGCAGUUACUUCAGCAUCAAACUCAAGUUAGUACUGAACUGGAAGCAAAGCUGAAGGUGUUAAAAGAAAAUAAUCAGACCCUUGAAAGAGAUAAUGAGCUGCAAAGGGAGAAGGUAAAAGAAAAUGAAGAAAAGUUCCUUAAUCUUCAAAAUGAGCAUGAGAAAGCACUGGGAACUUGGAAAAAGCAUGUUGAAGAACUUAAUGGAGAAAUUAAUGAAAUUAAAAAUGAGUUAUCAUCACUUAAAGAAACUCAUAUUAAGUUACAAGAACAUUACAAUGAAUUAUGUGAUCAGAAGAAGUUUGAGGAAGACAAGAAGUUUCAGAAUAUUCCAGAAGUAAAUACUAAAAACAGUGAAAUGUCAAUGGAAAAAUCAGAAAACAUCAUCAUACAGAAAUACAAUUCUGGGCAAGAAAUAAAGAAAAAUACUUUUUGUUCAGAUACUACCUACAAAGAAAAGGAGAAGAAAGAAGGUCCAUGUGUAGAAGUCAUUAUAGAAGAUUUACAGCUUUUUGAAAAAAGCUCAAAGAAUGAAAUUGACCCUGCUAUAUCUCAGGAUGAAAAUCAGAGUGAAAUCUCCCUAAGCAAAGCCCUUGCCACAGAAAAAGAACUAAUUAGUCAAGGACAAACCUUGAAUGUUACUGACUUUAGAAAAGCAGUUACUUCAGAAAUAAAAGACAAGGUGGAUUCGGGAAAAGACAAUGGAUGUACAGAGUUUAAAUCACCAAACAAUUCUUUUUUAGUGGCAGAUAGAUCAAUAGAAACAGAAAAGAUACGCCUAGAAAGAACUGAAGGAUUCGAGCUUCACCAUGCAGAUGUCCAUCUGGAGGUUGAAAAUAACAGAUCAUCUAACAAUAUCUUAAGUGAGAUGAUGGCUCACCAUACAAAUCAAAAGAAAGAUGUUUCUGAAGAUGAACCAUUCAAACGAUUCAGACUGCUUCCAGUGAUUCAAGAAAAUGUCACAGAGAAGGAACUUAAAAAUAGUGACCAAACCAAAGCAGAUCUGGGUUCAUCUCUAAAUGUAAAAAAGAAUGCUGUUCAGUGUCAGAAAUACAGUUUACAGGAGUCAAGUAAUGUUAUGUUAGAUGAUAAACAAUGUAAAAUAAACCAGAUGCAACUGUUAAAUAAAAAAAGUGAGUGCAGUGUAUUGCCAUUUAAACAAACUUCAGUUUUUCAGCAGAUCUGUAGUAAUACUUCAGAGAAACCUGAACUAACUAUUCCCUCUGAUACAGCAACUAACCACCCUUCAUCGGCUGCUUUCAGUGAGAAUUUGAAAGUACUUAAGAAUUCAGAUAAAAAUGUUAAUAUUAUGCCUAUGUUGGUGAAACCCAACUCAAGCCCUAGUGAAAGAACUAUAUGGAAAAAUCUGAAUGAGAUGCACACUAGUCAACUGAAGAACUGUUUGGGAUAUUUAGAAAGUGCAACCACUUCCCAUCUUCAAGUUAAAAAUGAGACUAUACAUACUUCACAAGCAAAAGACAUGAAAACUGCUGUUCCUAUGCAAACUUCCACAGAAAUACAGUUUUCUAAUAAAGAGAGUCAGAUUGAUGAGAAUCAGAUAACUGACGCCACAAAAAAUGACCUCUUCCUUUUUGUGAAUGUCAAUGAAAGACAGCAUUCAUUGUUAGAUAAUACAGAGAAAACAGAGUCAUUAAAUGACAUCGUUUCAGGAAAAAUUUACAGUGAAGGACAGCUGGAAGAAUCAUGUUCAUUUCACAUAAAGCCAUCUGGAGAUUUAGUAAACAGAAGUGGAAGGUCAGCCUUUGAUCUUUCAACUUCAGAUAAAAAAACUGAGAAAAUUCCAGUAUAUGUGAAUUUUUUAGACCCUAGUCCUUGGUCAAAAGUAAAUCAAACUAAAAGUCAAACACCGAGCACUUCAACUUCUAGCAUUCCUUUGUUGAAGGAGAGACCAGUAGGCCCAUCAGAAAACAAAAAUACGGUUUCAAUGACACUUUGUAAAAACGAUGAUGAUGAUAUCAGGAAGGAUAUUGGACCAGGUAAGAAAACAAUGUUUAUGUUUUCUUUUAAAAUUUGAAUUUCUACUCCUUAUUCCUGAUAAAGGGGCUGUUUAUGUUUAAAAUGAAACCAUUUAAAAUGUAUUUUUUUUUUUUUACCUAAACCUAAGAUACUCUAUACAUGUAUAUAUGUAAAAGUAGGAAAGGUUUUAUUUAAAUGAGGGGAUUUCUUUUCACUUAAAUCUGAGCCGCUAAUAGCAACAUGUGCAAAUGCAUUCUGGAAAUAAAAAAAAUUUCACCAAGAAACUGGAAAUAGCAGAAACAACCACAGGUCCAGGUCAUUAAUUUUAAAUUAGCAACAACUAUCUAAUUGGAGUCUCACAGUUGUUAAGGCUUCUGCCGGUGGGCACAUUUAUUCC